AUGAAUACUCAUCGUCAAAAUAAUUAAAAGAAAUUACUCAAUUCUUACUUAACAUAUAAUCUUGACAAUUCAAUGGUUUCUAAUAAAUCCAAAAAUUCAUUUCAAGAUUUAAAUGAAUAUAGAAGUAAAAUCAUUAAUUUAUAAAAUACUUCAGAUCAUACCCCUUAAUAGAGGAUAGCUUAUCAAAAUAAUGAACAAAGUUUCUCUAAGAUAUAAUAAAAACUUUCCAAUUUUGUAUAGACAGAUUAAAUUUCACCCAAAUCUUUAUUUGGUUAGAGUCUUAGAGAUAAAAAAGAGAUUAAAUAAACAUAAGAGAUUAAUUAAACUGAUAAUGUUUGUAAGAAUAGACAAUAAAUAAUUUAAAAAACACAAAAAACAAAUGAUUAAUAUUUUAAAUAGUAAAUAGUUGCACCAUCAUCCACUAGAGAAUUAAAUCAUAAUAAUGAAAACUUUAAGAAUUUAUACUACAAUUUUCAAAAUAAACAAUAAGAUUUCUUUUGUAACUAAAAUGUUUUAUUUUAAUAAUAAUUUAGCAAUAGUGACUAGAUUUCUUAAAACAAUGGUAUAAAUAACAAUUAAAACAAAGACAAUUAUCAAUUUUAUAUUUAAACAAGUUAGAUCUAAUAAUUUAAACAAAAAAACAAUAAUAUUACAAAAAGGAAAACAUCUUAAAAAACUGAAAAAUAUUAAUGUUAAAAUGAACAAUAGUUGGUAAGUAACAAUGAAAUUCAUAAAAUUUCAAAGAGACUCUAAUAAGAUUUAAACUGUUUCGCAUAAAGAGAUGAAAUUUCUGAAUAAUUGAUUCAAUUAGUGCUUCAAAAAGAAUUUAUAUGGAAUCAACUAAAUUUAAAUUUAGAAAAAAUAAACUAUUCAGCAUUAACCAUUCAUUGUUAAGAGUUACAUCAGAUACUAAGUUAUUUAAUAGAAAGAAAAAAUGUACCAUUAAAUUUAAUUUUAGAGUGAAUAUCUAUAUGAUAUUGACAUAAACAUAAUUGAUACAUUUUUAUUAGAAUCUUAUACAGUUUUAAUAAUUCUAAUGGAGUAACAAAAAGGAGAAUAGAUUUUAGAUUAAAAUUUAAAGAAUUUAAUCGUAUAUAUAACCUAAGGUAAUUUUUACUUACUUUAAACAAUCAACUAUGCUGUAGUUCAUGUAUGAUUUAAUUUAUUAUCAAUAAAGUCUUUGCUAAAAUAAAGAAUAGAAUAGAGAUCAUUUUAAUAAAAAAAAUAACAAAGCAAAGCCAAAUAAGCUUUAUAAAAAAAUAAUUUUAUAAUAAGAUCCAUUAUAGAAUUGAUGUAAGUAAUUAAUCAAUAUUAGGUAUUGACGACUCGAUUUAUCAAGAUGUAUAUUCAUCUCUAGAAUUUAAAUAGUAGAGUUUAAAUUCAUAUUUUGUUUAACAAAACAAAAUAUUAAAUCAAAUUAAUAAGCAAUUAUAAAAAGAAAACAUUGUAUAGAGUUCCAAAAUUAAUAAAAUUGUUAAUAAUGUUGAAAAACAGAAAUAGCCAAUCCUACCUUCUAAACCUUUUAAAAAUUAUACAUUAGUAAUGGAUCUAGAUAAGACUUUAGUUCAUUAUUAAGAAGUAACUUUGAUACAAAUAGUAGUUUCCGAAUGGGGGAGGAUAAUUUUUAGUAAGACCUUAUACAGAAGAGUUUUUGGAUAAACUAUCAAAAUACUAUGAAAUAAUUAUAUUUACUGAUGCUUAACCUGACUAUGCUAAUUUCAUCAUAGAUAUUAUUGAUAAAUAAUAAGUUGUUAAGGCAAGAUUAUAUAGAGAACAUACUUUGGUUAAGGAUAAUGUGUUUAUAAAAGUAAAUAUAAAGAAUUAAACAAAGGAUCUAUCAAUUCUUGGAAGGAACUUAAAUAAAGUAAUAAUUGUUGAUAAUAUGCCAGAGAACUUUUAGAUGCAACCUGAAAAUGGAAUUUAUAUAUAGAGUUGGACAGGAGAACAAAAAGAUAGGGCUCUAAAAGAUUUAAUGCAUUUGUUAGAAUGUAAAAUAUUAAAUUAAUAAUAGAAAUUGCAAUAAAGAAAUGCAAAGACGUUAGAGAAGCGCUAAAUUAAUUUCGAGAAUAAAUGUUAGAAAAAGUUUAAUAAGGAAUAAAAAAUCCGUAUGAAAAUCUUUAGUUAAAAUGA